AUGGGGGACGAUAUGGAGGCGGCGGCGUGGGCUUGGCGCGGCUGGCUGACGUGGCGCGCGGCGGCGGCGCUGCUGUUGGCGUGGGUGGUGCUGCACGUGGCGGCGAGGGUGGCGGACGCGCUGUGGUGGCGGCCGCGGCGUCUGGAGGCGCACUUCGCGGCGCAGGGCGUGCGCGGGCCGCCGUACCGGUUCCUGCUGGGUUCGGUGAAGGAGAUGGUGGGGCUGAUGGUGGAGGCGUCCUCCAAGCCCAUGUCGCCGCCCACAUCCCACAACGCGCUCCCCCGCGUCCUCGCCUUCUACCACUACUGGCGAAAGAUCUACGGUCCGACGUUCUUGAUAUGGUUCGGCCCGACGCCGCGCCUGACGGUGGCCGAGCCGGAGCUGAUCCGGGAGAUCUUCCUGACGCGCGCCGACGCUUUCGACCGCUACGAGGCGCACCCCGUCGUCCGCCAGCUCGAGGGCGACGGCCUCGUCAGCCUCCACGGCGACAAGUGGGCGCUCCACCGCCGCGCCCUCGCCGACGCCUUCUACCCCGACAACCUCAACCGGCUGGUGCCCCACGUCGGCAAGUCGGUGGCCGCGCUGGCGGAUAAGUGGCGAGCGAUGGCCGUGGCCGGCGGCAGCGGCGAGGUGGAGGUGGACGUGGCGGAGUGGUUCCAGGAGGUUACGGAGGAGGCCAUCACGCGGGUAACCUUCGGCAGCAGCUACAACGACGGCCGCGCCGUGUUCGGCCUGCAGAACCAGCUCAUGGCCUUCGCCUCCGAGGCGUUCCGCAAGGUCCUCGUUCCAGGCUACCGGUUCAUGCCGACAAAAAAGAACUGGCUGUCGUGGAAGCUGGACAGAGAUAUUCGAAGGAGCCUGACCAGGCUCAUCGGCCGCCGAAGCGACGAGGCCGCUGCAGUUGAGGCAGCAGAGGAGGCCGAUUCCGGCAGCUUCCGAGACUUGCUCGGACUCAUGAUCAAUGCCGGCGACAGGAAAACGACGGUGGCCAAGGCGAUCCCGGUACAUGACAUGCUGGAGGAGUGCAAGACCUUCUUCUUCGCCGGGAAGCAGACCACGACCAACCUCCUGACGUGGGCCACCGUGCUCCUGGCUAUGCACCCAGAAUGGCAGGAGCGCGCCCGCCGUGAGGUCCUCGAUGUCUGCGGCGCCGACGAGCCCAGCAAGGAGCACCUCCCCAAGCUGAAAACGCUCGGCAUGAUCAUCAACGAGACCCUCCGGCUCUACCCGCCGGCGGUCGCCACCAUCCGCCGCGCCAAGGUCGACGUCCAGCUCUCGGACGGGUGCAUGAUCCCCCGCGACAUGGAGCUCCUCAUCCCAAUCAUGGCCGUCCACCACGACACGAGGUAUUGGGGCCAGGACGCGACGCAGUUCAACCCAGCCCGGUUCGCCAACGGCGCUGCCAAGGCGGUGAAGCACCCCUUGGCGUACAUUCCUUUCGGGCUUGGUUCUCGGAUGUGCAUCGGCCAAAACUUGGCACGGCUCGAGGCCAAGCUCACCAUGGCGAUCCUACUACAACGUUUCGAGAUCCGAACAUCUCCAAACUAUGUGCACGCUCCGACGGUCUUGAUGCUCCUCUACCCGCAAUAUGGAGCACCGUUGAUCUUCCGUCCGCUAUCAUCGCAGCCGCUGAAUUCGGUGUCCUCAUAGACCACCUGCUCUUCUUGUCCCAAGCCUCGAUCUUUUUUGUCAAAAAUUGACAGAAGAUGUUUCCACUAGGAAAGGGAUAGGAAGAGUUGGUCACCAUGGAGCCCCCGAAUCAUAGGACACGUCCGAAAUGACCCAAAUGCCCCCCAUCCUUGUGUAUAUGCCAAGCGAUACAAAGAGCCAAGAAUCACUAACUUUUUGUCUUAGCCCGAGCCGCCUGUGGCCCGCCAGGUUGCCAAAUUAACCCUCCUUAACAGACCGAAUCAGGCCAGCCUUUUUUAUGAUUUGAUGACACACAAGAGAAAAGGCCCCACCUCGUUUUGUUGUCUUGCCCACGGCUUCUGGUGUAUGUAUUUUGUAUAGAGGUUUAUUCCAUCGUCAUCGAAAAAAAAAGUGAAGGAA